GCUUACAGAGGAGCUGGUCUUAACAAGAGAGAGCCUGAGCCUGCUACUUAUAGAGAGCCUCAGAUAUUGCUUAUAAAAACUUUACUAUUACAAUAAUUAUCUAUUAUCUAUCUCACAAGCCUGUCUGUAAGGACAGAGUGUUGGAUUUGCUCACAUCUCAUUCACAAAAGUUUCCAAGCCCUGUCAGAGAACUAAUGUGGGUGUUGGAGAAGAUCCGUGUGUCCGCAGAGAGACCCAACCUGCCUCUCCCCUCAACAGAAUACAGCUUCAGGAUCGGAGACAUGUUUGGAGAGAAAGUUAACAAACACAAGAGACUUUCCCUGUGUCCUAACGUCAUCACCCCAGACACUAUACCAGAGUUCUGCAUCCCUCCUAAGAUCCCUCCCUUACAGGAGGCGAAAGGUAAAGAGCAGAGUCGCCAGGCCCCCAAGGUGUCACUGUUUGAGCGGGAGAGGGGGAUCCCUAAGAGGGAGGACCCAGCACGAGAGCUCAUCAACCCACACAUCAUUCAGGUGGAGAGUGUGGACGAGAGCCCCUAUGACUGUAAUGAUGAGGAGACCACCAACGCAGACCCUCAGAGCCAGGCAGCCCUCUCCCUGCCCCACAUGGCCAAAGCCCAGACCUGCUACGGCUUCUGUACCCUGCUGGAGAGCCCCCACACCAGGAGGAAGGAGUCCCUGUUCCACAAUGACCCUGGGUCCUGUGGCACACCGCUGCUGCUCCCCAGGAGCAGGUCCAACACCGUCCUGUCAUCCUCCCCUUCCUCCUUUAGUCUCCACACCCUGACCUCCAGACUGUCCCCCAGAGGUUAUACCCUCAACAGACAGGGCACAGUGGACAGCGACACCACCUCGUCAGCUGAGUCAUCCCCUUUCAGCUCCCCAAUGCUGAGCAGGUCCCCACCCAAGUCUUCCCUCUUCAAAACACUGAGUCAUGAAAGGCUUCUCUCCAGAAACAUCAGAAAGACCGUGGUGUCCAGAAACAACUCCCUGUCGACAGACGAGGGCAGCUCCACGGACAAUAGCCCCAAUGUCAUAAGGAGGGCGUCAGAGGGGCUGGUAGAGGGCCUUCCACCAAGCUUCGGUCUGGCUCCUCCUACCAUCUUCCCCACAGACUUGGUUCUGCACAAGGAAAGGGUGAUGAGGGAGAGCUUGAUCCCAAUAGGGAAGGAUGGCCUCCUGCGUCUCUCUGCAGAAUACUGUCCUGAUAACCAGAGGCUGCGGGUGCGGCUCAUCAGUGCUGAGGGGCUAUAUACUCGUUCGGUGGACCCCAAGAGUAUAAACUGCAGUUUCAGCCUCUCCCUGGUGCCUGGAAAGGUCCAAAAGCAGCGUAGCACAGUCAUCAGGAAGUGUCAUAACCCCAUAUUCAAUGAGGACUUUUUCUUUGAUGCCAUCUCAGAUCUCGGCCAACGCUCCCUGAGAUUUAAAGUUGUCAAUAAAAUGUCCACUAUGAAAAGAGACUAUAUUCUGGGGGAUGUUGAACUUCCACUAACAAGCAUUAUCACUUUAUAAGUUAAAUAAUUUGUUAUUAAUUAUUGACUUGAAAUGUAUUUAAUUAUAUUUUAUUUAGUGAGUAGAGAUUUUAUUAAACCAUUUAAAAAUA